AUGGAUUCGAAAGCUAUAACCAAGUGGCUACGAGAAAUAUCUGCUGAGUCAGAUUCACUGAAGCCUUUCGGUGACGAGCUAAUAGAGAUGACUGAAGAGCUGUUCGUUCGCGAGCUGACAAGCACAUUGAGCGGAGAGUUGAGUGGAUAUGAAGGAGGUGUUAGUCCAUGGCGAUACAUGGGCAUUAAAUCUGAUGUGGACGACAAUCAAAAAUGGAUUGAGGUUGAAGAAAAUUAUUUACCAGUUUGUGCACUUUGGUGUGCUGUGGAAGACCUGGCAAGAUUAUUUAUCACCACACUGUCUGGAAAGGAUCGCCGUGAGAAGUGGGAGCGAUUACUGGAAGAAUUUCACAGCUACUUGAUGCAGUAUUUAAUGUAUAUAGGAGAGCUUCCGUUCACUAUUGUACAGUUCGUGCUUACUGUCGUAUGCGAUGAUGUUGUUGUCGAUGAGAAGGCUACUGUUAUUGGUUCUGAGCUAGGGGCAGAUGUGGUGAUAUACUUGCAACAAAAAAGCAAAAGUGUCGGAGGCUGGAGCGAUCUUGAAUACAAAACGAGCUUGGCGAGUAGGGCCAUGAUUUACUUACAAUGUACGUAUGACAAGCUUAAAGACGAUGAAUUCUCUGGAGAUCCCACUGACGAAUGUAAGAAACACCACCUUGGAGAUGCAGCGCUACUGUACGGCCUCUGGAGAGGAGCCGUUACAUUACCAAAGGAAGUCGUAGAAAAUGUAGAAACUUACUGGAGUAAUGGAGGAGAAGGUGGUGGUGAAUCUGUCUUGAACGCGGCGAUUGAAGACGCAAAGAAGAAAGGUGGAGAUGGCGUCGGCUGUGCAUACUAUUAUGAUUCAUUUGGCAUUGCCUACGAUACCGAGCCUGAGUACAAGGAAGACGGGGAGAUCGAGCGAAAGGAAGGCGGGGACCCAGUCGGAGAUGUUGCAUGUGUUUUUGGAUCCAAGUAA